AAAGACAGCUACUGAUUUUUGUAUGCUGUAUAUCUAAUAUUUAGAUCACCUACUUACUGUUGAAAAUUGAAAAAUGAUUGAAGCAGACAAGCACCUAUUUCACCAUUUUAGCCAUCAACAUCCGCUCGAAAGAACCGUUUCGCCUUCCACCGAUGGCAUUACUUGCUAUGGUUGCAGCCUCGGAAUAUUGCCCGAAAACGACUACCACCAAUGCAAAACCUGUUCGUUUUCUCUUCACAGUAUAUGUUCAAAGAUACCUAGAAAAAUCAAACAUCCUGCACAUCCCAAUCACUACUUAACCCUUCUGGUUUCGCCAACAACUGCAAACAGCUCGUGUAACUGCGAGGCUUGUGGAGAUAACGUCUCCGGCUUCUACUACAACUGCGCGGAAUGUGACAUUUAUUUUCACAUCUUGUGCUCAUUUCUCCCUCUUUCAGUUCCAAUCUCUUCCCAUCAUCACACACUCAACAUCGAAUUUUCGCCACCGUAUGAUUUCUGCUGUGAUCUAUGUGAUAAACCAAAUCAUUUAGGUGGUUGGCUGUAUAGAUGUCGCUUCUGCGAAUUCGAUGCUCAUAUUUCUUGUGCCAUUUCUGAUCAAAGAAUUCAAUCUCUGUUACUGCCUAAUACUCUGACAAGGCAGAAUAUUUUAUUUUCAGGUUCAGAUUUUCGAAUCGAUAGUCAAGAACUCAUGCAAUUAGUACUACAGGGAGUUUUAAGAAGCAAUCAAGACGGGAACAUCGGAGAAUCAGGAAUCGGAAAAUUUCCGUCGGAUCAAGCAGAAAUGCAAAUGUCUAACACUUCUACAAGUCCAUUAGAUCAAACUCGGAAUAAGGAUUCAGUAACAACUUCGAUUUCUGAAGACUUGACAAUGCCAAGCUAUCAAUUUAGUGACUUGUGUUUUUCAAUAGAUAUAUUGAAAUCUUAUUCAAGUCAAGAUCAGGAAUGUCAGGAAAACAAACAAGCUAGUAAUAAAGAAAUGGAGAAAAUAAUUCCUGAAGGUGAAGCAAAUGCCAAUCCUGAUACAGCUAAAAUGCUUAAAAAACAUGUAUUCAAUCCUCUGUAUUUGGUGAAUGAAGAAUUUUCAUUUGGAGGUGCCAAUGGAAAAUUAGGACAGCAUCAGGAAAUUGGAAAAGACAAUAAAAAUGGAGUUAGACCGAUCGAAUACAACGGUAUCAAAUCGAAAAAACAAAAUUCAAUGGGUUCAUUUUGGAUGAAGCUCUUUAGCUGUUGGUAUGACCCAGGGUACCAAAAAUGUUCUAAUAGCUUCAAAAAUGGAGGCAUGUGAACAAGUGAUGGUGAUUAAAUUUUCAAGGAUAUGAAGCAUACUUUUUUUAUUAGGUUGCAGCCAAUUUUACAAUUUGAUUAUUGUUGUACUAUAGUCUCUAUAGUUCA